GCCUCAAAAAAACAAAUCUCAAAAAUACCAACUUUAUCUCUCUUUUUCUCUUUUCCCAUUUUUUUUAAAAGAGGUAUUACCUCUAUUCUUUUUUCUUCUUCUUCCUUCUUUUUUUGGGUUUGAGAAUGGCUCUCAAGGCUGUACACGUCUCAGACGUACCUAACCUAGAUCAAGUCCCUCAAAAUGCCUCAUUCUCUCUCUACUCAACUCGUCUUCCCAAAGGUGUGGAGAUGGGUAGAGGAAGCUUAAACGCGCCGAAAUUUGCUGUGAUAGGGCAUCGAGGGCAUGGAAUGAACGUGUUGCAGUCCUCUGAUAGAAAAAUGAAAGCUUUUAAAGAAAACUCCAUUGUUUCUUUCAACAAAGCUGCCUCUUUCCCCAUUGAUUUCGUCGAGUUUGAUGUUCAGGUGACCAAGGAUGAUUACCCGGUUAUUUUCCAUGACAACUUUAUACUCUCCAGUGAAAAAGGGAUUGUUUUGGAGAAGAGAGUUACAGAGCUGAGUCUCUCGGAGUUUCUCUGUUAUGGGCCUCAAAAAGAGGUGGGAAAAGAAGGAAAACCUUUGCUUAGGAAAAGCAAAGAUGGGAAAAUCACAGAGUGGAAUGUUGAAACUGAUGACUCUCUUUGUACACUCCAAGAGGCUUUCGAACAAGUCGAGCCCUCUUUGGGUUUUAACAUAGAAUUGAAAUUCGAUGACAGUGUUGUGUACGAACAAGACCAUCUCAUACAUAUUCUUCAAGCCAUUUUACAUGUGGUGUUUGGUAAUGCCAAAGACAGAGCUAUAAUCUUCUCAAGUUUCCAACCUGAUGCAGCUCUUCUGAUCAAGAAAUUACAAGACAGAUACCCGGUCUAUUUUUUGACCAAUGGAGGAACAGAGAUUUUCUAUGAUGUUAGGAGAAAUUCCUUGGAGGAAGCCAUGAAAGUGUGCUUGGAAGGUGGUUUGGAUGGGAUUGUAUCAGAAGUUAAAGGGGUUUUCAGAAAUCCAGGAGCUGUGCCCAAAAUCAAAGACCAUAAACUCUCACUCCUAACAUAUGGAAAAUUGAAUAAUGUAAGUGAAGCUGUGUACAUGCAACAACUAAUGGGAAUAGAUGGAGUUAUAGUAGAUUUGGUCCAAGAAAUUACAGAGGCAGUUUUUGAUAUGAUGAAACCAACAAAUAUUGAAGAAGAGAGCCUUUCUCAAGGGGAUGAUGAGAACAUAAAGCUCAAAACAAAGCCACAAUUUUCUCAGAAAGAGCUUUCUUUUCUCUUGAAGCUCAUCCCUGAGUUGAUACAGAUUUAAUAUAAUUUGACCUUUUUUUUUUUAAAUAAACUUCUAAUUGUUCCACUUUGUUUUGUGGUCAAAGUAGUGUUGGAUUGGAGGAGUUUGACACGCCAAUAUACUCAUAUGAUGUUGUACAUAAUUUUAUCGUAGUCAGUUUCCUCUUUAAGUCAAUAUAAAAAUUAUCCAAGUUGAUUUUCAAA